AUGACACGCCCAGCUGAUUGCGAUUUAGAGAAGAAUAGGGUCCAAGAGCUGCAGGAUAUCCUGAAACCUGCGAUAGACAUCAUUAUUAACUAUGUAAAAGAGAUCGAUAACGGAGAGAGAGAUCUGGGACCUCGUUUCGAAGAUCCAAAAGAGCUGUACAAAAUUCUAGAACUAGAAGAUUUGGAAGCAAAAUUCCAAAAUGCUGUACAAACUGAAACAUCUGUGUCUAGCACUGAAAUGCUUAAAGUUUUUGGCAAGAUUCUCGACAACUCUGUCACUACAUGGAAUCCAGGAUUUAUGGAUAAGUUGUAUGUGGGCUCUAAUCCUAUAGGUAUUUUAUCUGAUCUUCUUCUAUCUAUCCUGAAUACCAAUUCACAUGUCUUCACUGUUUCUCCUGCUCUUUCAGCAAUUGAACGGAAGGUUUCACAGAGAUAUGCCAACUUGUAUGGUUUCAGCGACAAAUUUGCUGGUGGAUUGACUUUUAGUGGUGGAUCCUGGUCUAACAUCACCAGUUUACAGAUUGCAAGAAGCAUAAAGUAUCCUGAAACAAAACUCGAAGGGACUUCUGGUCAUAAGUUUGCGAUUUUCACUAGUGCUCACUGUCAUUACAGUGUCGAGAAAGCUGCUAUCUUGCUAGGUAUAGGUGCAAACUCUGUUUUCAAAAUUCCAGUUGACGAAGUGGGAAGGAUGAACGUCAAGAUUUUGAGCCAGUCGAUUCAGGAACGUAUUGCAGAAGGAUACACCCCGCUUUAUGUUAAUGCGACUGCGGGAACAACAGUAUUUGGUUCGUUUGAUCCCUUUGAGGAAAUUUCUGCAGUUGCCAAGGAUUACAACAUGUGGGUCCAUAUUGAUGGAUCUUGGGGUGGAAAUGUGAUUUUUAGUCCAGAAAAGGCACAUAUGCUGAAAGGAUCACACUUGGUGGACUCGAUUACUGCCAGUCCCCAUAAGAUGCUUGGUGUCCCGACAACGUGUUCUUUUUUGCUAGUACCGGACGAACGUAUCUUUACGCAAGCAAACUCCUUACAUGCGCCAUAUCUCUUCCAUAACGCACGAGACGACGAAGAGAAUUUUGAUUUGGGAAAUGGUACAAUGGGAUGUGGUCGGAGAUCAGAUGCGGUAAAACUGUACUUGGCAUGGUUAUAUUAUGGACAAGGUGGACUGAAAAAGAGAGUAGAACAUUCAUACGCCAUUGCAAACUAUUUUGUUGCAAAAUUGAAAGAAACUGAAGGUUUUACUCUGAUAAACGACUUUCCGAUCCCUUGUUUGCAAGUUUGCUUUUACUAUAACCCGGUAGGGGAAAAGUUGACAGGAGCUGAAAUGACCGUUAGGACUCGAAGAAUCGCCAAAGCUUUGCACUGUUCUGGUGAGUUCUUGAUAGAUUUUUCACCUAAUCCAAACGAUGCAUUGACCGGACACGACAAUGGUGAAUUUUUCAGAUGUGUCUUCAAUUCUCCAAACAUUACUAGUAGCAUUGUUGACAGGUUAGUGGAUCGUAUAGUUGCCCUAGGCAAAAACUAG